AUGGUCCGAUUCGGUCGGAUCAAGAAGACGCUAAAGGCAGAAGCUGAGAAUGCUAACGUGGAUGCUCUUGCGUCAGGGCGCCCCCAACGAUACCCUCGCGUCAGCCUCCCACAUGUGGAAACACAGUUGAAUAUGCAUCGGUACAAUGGCCUGUUCGAACCUGACGCACUGGAGCACCUAAAGGAGCCCACAACAAUGGCGAUAUCUACAGGUGGGUCACCAGGGGGAGAGCUUGGGACCGUGCCAACUCGGACGAUGAAUGCUCAUUCUGAUUUCUCGUGCAUUUCUGCAGAUUCGUCAACCCUACAUUCCUCGACCCAUAGCAUUGGGUCCCCGAACCCUACGAACGGCGGUACGUCAACAACGGAAUGGUCCUCCGCCGUCGGCCACGCAGCAACGGGCAAGUCUGGACGCGUUAUCCACAAUCUGCAGGAGGAAAUUGCGCGUCUGACCCGCGAGUGCAGUCUCUAUCGCUCCCGAGCGGAGGAGACCCAGCGCAUGAACGAUGCCUUCAAGACCCAAGUACAGAACAUGUCGGAGCGCCUCCGGAAUCUUGAGCAGGCGAACGAGACGAACCUCCACUCGAUUUCUCGGAAAGACAACAAGAUCGAAGAGCUUCGUACCGAAGCGCAAAGCGAAAAGGAUCGACGUCGCCGGGCGGAGGAGGAGACCAACAAGAUCCGUCAAUUGAUGGAUGAAGCUCGGGACGACUUCAAUCGAAAAUGUGCAGAAUUGCAGGAAGUCGCAAGCCAUGCGCGGACCCAAUAUGACGUGCUCGCCAAAGCCGGCCAACGCGAGCGAGUUGAUCAGCAGAGAAAAUUUAAAACCAUCCGAGAUGAAUUCAUUGCUUUGAAAGGAAAACAUGAAGAGAAGAAUCUGCAACUCCAGCGAUUAGACACAGUCAUGGCUCAGAAAAACAGGGAGAUUGAAGUCAGCAGAGAAAGUUUCGAGAAGCUGUUUGAAGACUACGAAUCCUAUAAGAAGGCUCAUGACGAGGGAGUGAGGACUAUGAUUGAGAAGGGCCAUCAGGGAGAUACGCGAAUCGAGGCUGCUUUGGCUUCAUUGAAGGAAACCGAGGAACAGAUGAGAUGGGUUAUUCAGGUCAAAAAGGCAAUCAAAGAUGCUGAAUAA